CGAUUGCUUGCUUUCCUGCCUCCUUUCUCCCUCGCUUUUUCGCCUGCGAUUUCUCCGCUCCGGUCGGCUUCCGCGGCCCUACAACGGGCUUCGAUUUGGGAUUUGCAGAAUUAGCGGAGGGCCACCGAGGUUGGGCCUUUCAGGACCGGCGUUUGAAUCCAAUCGACGGGAUUCGGGGCGCGCAAUCGAAACCCUAGUGGUGCCCCCGCCCCCGGCGCAGGUUGCGAGGGAGACGGCGGCGGCGCGGGGAGGGCGAUGGCGGCAGAGCUUGGGCAGCAGACUGUGGAGUUCUCCACCCUCGUGCAGAGGGCCACGGAUGCCUCCUACCUCGCGCUCAAGGAGCUGGUGGACAGGUACCGGCAGGGGGAGGACCAGCGAUCUGAUUCUGAGAAGAAGAUCGACAUUCUUAAGUUCAUUGCGAAGACGCAACAGCGGAUUCUGCGGAUCCACGUGCUCGCCAAGUGGUGCCAGCAGGCGACCUUAAUCCAACAUUGCCAACAACUUGCAGCAACUCUUUCCAGCCAUGAUACCUGUUUCACCCAAACAGCAGAUUCUUUGUUUUAUAUGCAUGAGGGGCUGCAACAUGCCCGUGCUCCUGUAUUUGAUGUUCCAUCUGCUAUUGAGGUCCUUCUCACUGGGAGCUACCGAAAGCUACCAAAAUGCAUAGAAGAUUUGAAUAUUCAGAGUACGCUUUCUGAAGAUGAGCAAAAACCAACUUUAAAGAAAUUGGACACAAUCCUCCGAUCCAAACUUUUGGAGGUUGUUAUUCCAAAAGAAAUAAAUGAAGUAACUGUUUCUAAUGGUACUACUGUUCUCCGUGUGGAUGGCGAGUUUAAAGUUUACCUUACCUUGGGCUACUAUGGUCAUCUAUCAUUAUGGAAGAUACUAAACAUAGAGCUGCUUGUUGGGGAGAAAAAUGGAUAUGUUAAACUUGAAGAAUCACGGAGAUGUGCUCUUGGAGAUUAUCUUGAGCGCAGAAUGGCUGUUUCUGAAAACCCUUUCUCAACCUUAUACACAGUCCUACAUGAACUAUGUGUUGCUCUUGUUAUGGACACUUUAGUGAGACAAGUUCAGAUACUACGUCAAGGUAGGUGGAAGGAUGCAAUACGCUUUGAGCUUAUUUCAGAUGGUAGUACAGGACAAGGAGGGAAUGUUGGUACUUCACAACUAACUCAAGAUGGUGAACUCGAUUCAACUAGCCUCAAAACUCCUGGCUUAAAAAUCAUUUAUUGGUUAGAAGCUGACAAAGGUUCCGGGGGAUCUGAUUUUGGUUCAUCUCCCUUUCUCAAAAUUGAACCAGGGCAAGAUACACAAAUUAAGUGUUUACAUAGUUCUUUUGUAUUGGACCCUUGUAGUGGCAAGGAAGCUGCAUUUUCUCUUGAUCAAAGUUGUAUUGAUGUAGAGAAACUCCUCCUUAGAGCUAUUUCAUGCAAUAGGCACACUCGUCUACUAGAAAUCCUGAGAGAGUUGAACACAAGUGUUAACAUUUGUCGAAGUUCAAGUGAUGUUGUGUUGAAGCAAGAUGAAAAUAUAGAUGCAAAUUUGACAGAGAGGGAAAACUCUAGUAUCGGGGACUAUUGUGGGGAUGAAGUACUAAAAGUGCGAACCUGUGGGAUGUCAUAUAUUAGCCUUGGAAUAAAUAUCAGGAGUGGCAGGUUCCUUCUACGUUCUUCCAAGAAUGCCCUUUCGCCAUCUACCCUUGUUGAUUUUGAAGGGGCUUUAAACCAAGGAAGCCUUAGUGCGGUGGAGGUAUUCACAAGUUUAAAAAGCAAAAGUAUUCUCAAUUUGUUUGCAUCAGCUGGGAGAUUUCUGGGCCUACAGGCUUGUGAUCAUUCAUCGACUACUUUAAAGAUUCCCAAGUCCAUAUUGCAUGGAUCAGAUUCGCUUUUAAUGGGUUUUCCUCAGUGUGCAAAUUCUUAUUAUUUGUUGAUGCAAGUUGACAAGGAUUUUAAGCCAAUUUUUCUUUUACUAGAAUCUAGAUCUGAUUCAGAUGGAAAUUUGAACUCAUUCCAUGAUUCGGAUAAUGUAAUACGCGUUAACAAAAUUGAUAUUGGUCAAAUGCAAGUAGUUGAUGAUGAACUGAAUAUGAGCCUUUUUGACUGGGAGAAGCUUCAUUCUUUACCCAGUAAUAGCGCAUUUAAUCAGGCUGGAGAACAUCUUUUUAGAGCAGAAGCAACUCUCCAACUUCCUGGAUUUUCACAAACAAGCUUUUCAUCUGUUGUUGAUGAAGUGUUUGAGUUUGACAAACCUUUGCCCUCAACAAAUCAGUUGGCCUUGUCUCAUAAAAGUCCUUUAUCUAAUACAGUAAAUGUAAAUAGUUAUCAUGGUAUUAGUGCUAAUGUUACAUCACUUAAUUUGGAAGGAGAGUUACAACAGCCUCAUGUUCAUAAACUUGCAAAAGUUCCUGGCUCAUCUAAUUCACUGCAUGUGAUACACAGCAUAAAAGGCUCAAUUCAGAAUGAUGUUACUGGUUCCUUUUCCUCUUCCAGCUCAAUUAAGUUCCCAUCCAUUCACAAAUUGCCAACCUUCAGGUCUGAUCAAGACAUGAAUUCUAAGACUCCAUAUUCUGCUGAGGUUGGUCAGUACCCUUCUGUGGAUGAACCACCAAAAGAGUCCAGUAUGCUUGAAGGGAAUGUGCCAGGUCAACCAAUGCCUUCCAUUCGGAUAGCUGGCUCUCCACUCCCUAACCAUAGCCAGUCUCCAAAUAUUUUAAAAAACUCAUCAACUGGCAACUUGCUUGCAUCUUCAAAAGUUACUGGGCAUAACUCAGCGGGUUGGAUUAAUCCUUAUCCUACACCAGAAUCUGGAGCAUACACCUCAGAUUACAAUGCCACCCACAAACAGAAGGGGAGAAAGCGCACCCUGGUUGAUUUUAUUCCAUCCUUUUCUGGAACACAAGCAAGUUGUUUGCAGAAUAAAAGGAGGAAAAUAUCAGAACUCUCUGAUGCUCAUAAUCCAUCUACUGCACUAAUUUCUUCACAAAUAUCUCGUAGAACGAGUGGACAUAUAUAUGGGGAUCUUCUUUCUGAAGCAAUUAAUGGCAUUGCUCCUUCAAAGUUGUAUGUUUCUGUCCUCCUACAUGUUGUCAGGCACUGCUCACUAUGCAUUAAGCAUGCUCAGCUAACUAGCCAAAUGGGUUCACUAGAUAUUCCUUAUGUAGAAGAAGUAGGCCUAAGAAUUCCAUCAUCAACCUUGUGGUUGAAAUUGCCAUUUGCCAGGGAUGAUUCUUGGCAGCACAUAUGCUUGCGCCUUGGUAAACCUGGAACCAUGUGCUGGGAUGUGAAAAUCAAUGAUUCUUACUUUGGGGAAUUAUGGGAACUUCACAGAGGAAAUACCACAACUUCAUGGGGCUCAGGUGUACGUAUCGCCAAUAUAUCUGACAUUGACUCACACAUCCACUAUGACCCAGAUGGUGUUGUGUUAAGUUAUAAGAGUGUUGAAGAUGAUAGCAUUCAGAAGCUUGUAUCAGAUCUACGUCGGCUUUCAAAUGCCCGAUUAUUUGCUUGUGGAAUGCGAAAUCUCAUUGGUUUGGGAACUGAUGAUCAACCAGAUGAUAACACAGUUACUGACUCAAAGACACAAACUAAAGUUGUCAGUGAAGCAGUAGAUAAGUUAUCCGAACAGAUGAGGAAAACCUUCAAAAUUGAAGCAGUUGGUUUGAUGAGUCUAUGGUUUAGCUAUGGUUCAAUGCCUGUUAUAGUUCACUUUGUUGUUGAGUGGGAAGCUGGCAAGGAAGGUUGUACUAUGCAUGUUUCCCCUGAUCAACUUUGGACACAUACAAAGUUUCUAGAAGAUUUUAUAAAUGGAGGUGAAGUUGCAUCUUUUUUGGACUGCAUUCGACUUACUGCUGGUCCUUUACUUGCUCUUUAUGGUGCAAUACGUCCUGCUCGUAUUCCGGUGGUUACUGCUUCCCACUCUUUUGGUCAGAGGCAGGGCCAUUUUCUCUCACCUCAUGGUUCAAUAGCCAAUCCUUCAACUCCAAUCCAACAUUCUUCUGGUGCUCCUGCAACUACUACACUGAUGGCCCAGCUUAGCAAUCACAGUCUCCAAACUGCUGCAGUUUUAUCUGCUGCAGGGAGAGGAGGGCCAGGACUUGUUCCUAGUUCUUUAUUGCCUUUUGAUGUUUCAGUUGUAUUGAGAGGUCCAUAUUGGAUUCGGAUAAUAUAUCGGAAGAAGUUUGCUGUGGAUAUGCGCUGCUUUGCUGGUGAUCAGGUUUGGCUACAGCCAGCAACACCUCCUAAAGGAGGACCUGCAGUCGGUGGAUCAUUACCAUGCCCACAGUUUCGACCAUUCAUUAUGGAACAUGUUGCUCAAGGCUUGAAUGCUUUGGAGCCCAAUUUUUCCGGUGCAUCACAGGGUGGUAUGCAGCUGGGUUCAAGCAAUUCAAAUGCAAAUUUAGUUUUGCAACAGCUAACACCUAAUGCUAACCGUGCUACUAUUGCAACUGGUGCUGGUAUUUCAAGACCAAGUUCUGCUGUUGGAAAUCAAGUAGGGGGUAGCAUUACUAGAGUCAGCAGCGCCAUGCUAGCCUCUUCAGGUUUGGCUCCUGGUAUAUCUGGGGUACCUUUGAGAAUACCUCCAGGUACUGGUUUCCCAGUUCAUGUGAAAGGAGAGCUUAACACAGCUUUUAUUGGGCUUGGUGAUGAUGGAGGCUAUGGUGGUGGUUGGGUUCCUCUUGCGGCUUUAAAGAAGGUGUUACGUGGCAUCCUCAAAUAUCUUGGUGUUUUGUGGUUGUUUGCACAGUUGCCUGAUCUCUUGAAAGAAAUUCUAGGCUCAAUUUUAAAGGACAAUGAAGGGGCUCUUCUGAAUUUAGAUCAAGAGCAGCCUGCCUUGCGUUUUUUUGUCGGAGGCUACGUCUUUGCUGUCAGUGUGCACAGAGUUCAACUACUUCUGCAAGUUCUGAGUGUGAAACGAUUUCACCAUCAUCAGCAGCAGCAGAAUCAAAGUAAUGCUCAAGAAGAACUGGCUCAAGGAGAAAUCAACGAGAUAUGUGACUACUUCAGCAGGAGGGUUGCAUCUGAGCCGUAUGAUGCUUCUAGAGUUGCUUCCUUCAUCACACUCCUUACGCUGCCUAUUUCAGUUCUUAAAGAAUUCCUAAAGCUAAUUUCUUGGAAGAAAGGACUAUCACAAGCCCAUGGUGGAGACAUAGCUACUGCCCAAAGGUCGCGCAUAGAGUUAUGCUUGGAGAAUCAUUCGGGGUCUAUUUCAGACAACAAUGUGGAGUCCUCUUGUGCAAAAAGUAACAUACAUCACGACCGCAUGCGUAAUCUGGUAGAUUUUGCUCUUACUUUCGUACUUGACCCCACUAAUAUACCUCACAUGAAUGCUGCUGGUGGAGCUGCUUGGCUACCGUAUUGUGUCUCUGUUAGACUACGAUACUCAUUUGGUGAGAAUGCCCAUUUUUCCUUCCGUGGAAUGGAAGGAAGCCACGGGGGUAGAGCAUGCUGGUUGCGACUCGAGGACUGGGAAAAUUGCCAGCAUAGGAUGGCCAAAGCAGCGGAAUAUGCUAAUGGCAAUUCAGCAGCCGACACCAGCCAAGGUAGGUUGAGGCUAGUUGCUGAUGCACUGCAGAGGACGUUGCAAGGUUUGCUACAGCAACUCAAAGACGGUGCCAUUUCCUCGAAUCACAGUGGAAGUUAGCAACCUAAAUCCCAAGGUGUACAAUAGGUUUCAGGUUCUAGAAUUGUGCAGGAUCAGUUGAGACCCAAUUGCCACCUCGGUUGAGGUUUGACUGUGCAUUCCGAAGGCAACAAAGAUGGUAUCUUAUUCACCGCACCAUGAAUUUUAGUGUUGGACAGAAGUUUCAAGUUGAGCUGCUUCGUAUUUUGUAUGAAUAUGCUAUGUAGACUUAGUGGCUGUGUAUUCAUUGUUUGCUCGGAAAAGAUAGCAAAGGAUUCCACUGAUCAUGUUACCAUGACCGGGUAAGAAUCUAGUGUUUGCAGAUCGAUUGUCUCGGGAAAAAAAAAUCUGAUGGGAGUUCUCAUUUUUCAUAUAGUUGUCAGGGUGGUAGUAGGAGUUCAUAGGACUCCAGCAGCUUGUAUAAUGUGAAAAAUUAGAGGGAAUAAUAUAAAUUGGUAUCAAAUUAGCAUCUUCUAAGACUAGUUGAUGGAGAGGAAUCACAUUGUAAUGCAGCAACAGAAACUUGCAUAUGUUCAUAGACAACUUAUUCAUUCAUUCA